AGCUGUUUCCCGCCACCAGAAAUCGGCUGAAAGUCGUCAAAGUGUGUUGUGCGGAUUUUUCGCUCUCGGUCUCUCUCUAAAUAUCUCGGUGAGUCUCGAAUUGGUUUCCCCCUUUUUGUCAAAAGUGUAUUUUUCUACGUUCAUCUGUUCGGUCCCGAAAAAAAAAAGUACGGAAAAGUGUGUACAAGUUGAAAAACAACAUUACAGCGCCAGCAGGACGAGGCUCGCGUGUGAGAUUUGCUGCGGUAAGGACGAAACAAAAAACAUACAGGCCAGAAGGAACCAGAAAGUAGUUGACCGAAAGUAGACUUGGCAGCAGCGGCAGCCAAGAGCUCUAAGGAAGAACCCGUGCGCUUCUCUUGCGGAAAGACGCAAAAUUGUUUUUUUUGGAAAGCGUAAAUUGCGCGUUCACUAUCCUCCCGAGUGUGAAUCCACACGGGAACGGGAUUUGCCGCAACCGUUAGUGAGGUGUAGUGUUUUUCGUUCGUUGCUGCGUAUUGCCGGGCCGGACCGGGUCAUCAUCAUCGUCAUCGUCGUCGUGAAUGCGCCCGAAAUCCAAUUCUGUGUGUGAUUAACGUGCAAAAAGUGCAAAAAAAGAAGCGUGUGGCCCACUGCAGAAUUAUCGCUCUCCAAAAACGCGUAUUGCAUGUGUUUUUUUUCUCCUCGCAAGAGCAUAGUGCGCACACACAGACGCGGGGGGUGUGUGAUAAGGGUUUCCGAUUGAGGUGCAGAAGUGAGAGUAUGUGCGAGGAGACGGGGCGGCGACGAGGUGGUUUGUGGUGUGACGAUUGUUGUUGUUGUAAUUGUUGUUUCUGCGAUCCGUCCUUGCGAUCCCCGCACCUCCUAUCGUGGGAUUUCUAAGCAGAGCAGCGGGCGUGUGAAGUUUUUUUUUCUGUGUGUAAUACGGCGCUUCACGGGAGGCGCCGCUAGUCAUCAUCGUCGCAACAGUUACAGUUACUGAUAAUAGCAGCAACAGCAACAACAACAAAAAAUAAUACUAUUGUAGCAAAGGUAAAUGCGUGGAGCACUGACAACAACAACAACAAUAACAUCGAGAGAAAUUGCAGCAUCCGGAAGAAGAAAACAAUAACAAUAACACACGGGAACGGGAAGGAUCCAACCUUAAGAAGGGAUAGAAAAAAAAGUGUCGUUGAAAGGUGCAGAAAGUGGUGUCAAAAGUCGGUGAGCAUAAUGUGACAUAGUUUUUCAACAUAGUUGGAUUGCGGGAAAAAGUGAUGCAGUCAUUCCACGAGUGGGCCGAAUUGAAGCCAAUCUAAAAGUGAUUCCGGAGAAUUAAGAAGAAAUCAAGUGCUUCGUGGCGAGAGAAAUAUUUUCGAGUGGCGCGGGAGGCAGUAUUGUUCGGUGUUUUUUGGGGGGUAUCAGCUCACAGUGCACGGCGUUUCGCGGGCGUUCCUUUGCCUCUACUGCACCAGUUUUGCAACAACAAAUUUAGAAGCGGAAAGGGGAGAGAGACACCAUCUGUGGGUGUGAGUCGUCAUGUCGGUGGACGUUUGGUGUAAAAACGAGGACAACAUGCAGGAUUUAAUUGUCGAGGACGACACCGUCAGCAGGUUUUGCCGCGUUACCACCGAGGAAGGUGUGGGCGGGGGCGGUGGAAUGGCCAAUGGCAAUAAUAACAAUAACAACUCAGCCCCCCGCAGCAUCGCGAUGGAUAAGGACGAGAAGCGGAUGCGCCGGGAGAUUGCGAACAGCAACGAGAGAAGACGCAUGCAGAGCAUAAACGCCGGCUUCCAGAGUCUUCGGCAGAUGCUGCCACACCAUGAGGGCGAAAAAUUAAGCAAGGCCGCCAUCUUGCAGCAAACAGCCGAAUACAUAUACGCCCUGGAGCAGGAGAAAACUCGUCUGCUGUCCCAAAACUGUCAACUGAAGCGAUUGCUUGACCAGCAGGAUCACAAUGGCGCGGUUGCAGCGGCUGAAAGUCAACAGGUCAAAGCUCAGGUUCCGGCGGGGACCACAGUGCUCACGACCGGAGCCGCAGCAGCGGUGGUCAAUAACGGCGGCACGGCGGCAAUUGUACCAGCAGCAGCUCCGGGAAUUCCACCGACGGUUGCCACCGUUGCCAAGAAGCGCAAAAUAGACACAAUGAUGACAGUUCAACCCGUUUCGGAUUCCUCCGACGAAGGACUUGGUUCGAUGUCGCCGGAGCCGGUUGGCUUGAUGCAGGUUGUUAACAACGCAACUGGACAGACCAUUGUUGCUACGGCCAUCAACAGCCGACCUUGUCCAACGUUUAGCGUAACAGCGAAGGACUACCUGGAUUUGAAACAUCAGCUGGAGAUCGAACGAAGGCAGAAGGCAGUUUUUGAGGAGAGAUUGAAGGCGUUGGAGCGACAGAUUUACCCAGCCAGGGUAUUAUACCAGGAUCCUCCGGACAUAAUCGAACCAAGCGACACAAUAGAGGAACUUGUCGUCACCAGUAUCCAGAAGCCAACAGGAGUCAAGAACACGCGGGAGGUUGAAAACAUUCAGCUGAUCGCACUGGAAACCAGUGUGAUUGGGAAGCCACAGCUUGUCGUAUGCAACACUGAGGUGAUCGAAGAGACUGUCGUUACGCAGCCCAUCGCCAAGCCAACGGUUGUUCCACACAAGGAGGAAAAAGUGCUUGUCAAGCGUUCGCGAUCCCGAUCUCCAUCCAUCGAAACCACCACCGUGGUCACAUUGCCUCCGAAGAAAAAUCGUUACCCAACUAUACUGGAGGCGGCAAUCAAGGCUGAGCCGAAGGUCGAAGUCGAACGAAUAGAUUCGCCCUCGUCGAUUGUGGUUAGCGAUGAUCACUUGUCCCACUUGACCAGCAGCAAGUUAGUAACGAACCAACCGCAGCAGCCGACACAACAGAGUAGCUCUCGUAUCAACACCUGUCGUCACAACCUGGAAACCAUAGUAGAAGCGAUCAGGCACCUGGAAGGCGAUGCAUUCGAUGCGGUCAUUCCUGUCCAACAACAACAACAGGUUCAGAUUCAGUCGCCCUCGGCAUCACGCUCGAUCCAGGAGGUACCACUCGCACUGACCACUACCAGUAAGCACCAGCAAAAGGAUCGCGAUCAUCGCCAGAGUCAGCUGGAACCGUACCUGAAGUUCCGAACGGCACUUGCUAGUACCGCUUCAUCGGCCUCCUCUGCUACCUCUUCCAUCGCCUCGGCAGCACCCUCCAAUGGUUCCAGUAAUGCGAACAGCAGCAGCAGCAGCAGCACCAGCAACCCUGCGAUCGUUUCGCUAUCGAUCACCCCAAGUGCGGGACUGGCCGCCGGCAGCUGCAGUCCAUCCUCCCAUCCAGCCACUUCUGCUCAACACACUGCGUCACAAAUACUCCAACAGCAUCAGCAGUGCCGACCGGGAGUGAUCGUAGUCAAGCAGAACUCAUGAUCAUCUACCAACAACAGCAGUCACACUUUAACUUCAUCAGCUUCGGCACCGACAGGGGCGGCGGCAGCGACGACAUCCUCAUCAGCAUCAACAGUAUCGGCAGCGCCCAAUGCAGUGGGAGGGACGGUGGGUGGCACAAUUGUCAUCAACAACAACGGCAAGCAAAUGAAGAUAGUCAGCUGCAAGAGCAGCAGCACCAGUGGUGGCAACACUCCGCUAGGUGGCGCCUGCGGCAGCUCCCCAAACAUGGUCAUCAAAUAUCACCACCACCACCACCACCAUCAUAAUCAUCAUCAACAGCAGCAGCAGCAGCAGCAUAGAUCAACGGAUUCCGAAAGCAAGCAGCUUGGCCGAUAGAGGUCGCAUUGAGGGCGACUGAAAAGGAUUUUUCCCUUUUUUAUUUUUUUUUUUAAUCAUGUUAUAUCCUUUUUAGCUAUUAGCAAACUGUUACACUGACAACCUUCCUCCAUUGCCCCACUUCCUCCCCAUGUGCGAUAUUCGCGUACACUGAGUUGUGAUUUUUGUUAGCAAUCCCUAAUUUUUACAUUUUCUUAGUAUUUUUUUAGAAAAUGAUUUUAGGUCGUUUUUUCCUUUCGCGGAAAAAAAUAUGAGUCUGUAAAGAGGAAAGUAUCGGAUUGAUAGUUUUAAUAUCAACACGUUAUAUAUAUAUAUAGACAAUUGUGACCCACAUUCGCAACUUGAGAACGAUUGGAAAGUGAGGGAGAGCGAGAAUAGUUUUUGACCUACUAAUGUACAAUGCAUACAUUUCUUUUAAACAGAACGCUAAGGAUUAGGGAACACUACUACGAUAACAGGACAUAAAUAAACACACAAAUAUUGACUGGAGUAAGCAUAAGGAUAAUCGUUAAAAACCCUACAAGCCGCAACUCUCUCCCUCUCUCGCACGACCGAGGAAUUCAUUGAAAAACAAGGAGUUUGGAAUCGCUUCUUCCUGCAUUACGUGCGCGCGGGUGUUUUCUAUUAUUUAGUUUUUCUGUGGAACAAUCUUCUGUUCCACGGGUGACAAUUGACGGAUUACGCGCCAACUCGUCUAUGAGAUUGGCAUGACCCUCUCAGAACUUAAUGAAACUUUCUGGGCUUGAAGACCUUACCUAAUUAGGCAACUUGGCAUACAUAGUUUUCCGAAAUUUUAUGGUGAAAAUAUGUUUGCCCAUUUUCUUACAUUUUUUUUUUUAAAUGGUAACUCCUACAAAAAAGUGAUCUAUGAAAGGGUUUUAGGAAAACAAUUUAAUUUUCAAAAAUUUUUUUUUGAAUUCCCACACUGAAAAAAAUUUAUUUUAAAAGCCUAAAAGUCGAUUUUUUCAAAAUGGUCAUCUCAGAUUUUGAUGAAAUAGUAGAAAAAUAUGUGCGCUAUAACUCUUCCAUACAUCGCAACUUGGGCAUAUCUAAGGCAAAACAAUUUUCCUAACAAAAACUUUUUCAAUAUUUUAUUGAAAUUAAGUUUAUUUCUUUUUCCAGUGCAGAAAGCCAACCCACAAUAAAAAAAAAUAAUAGAAAUGUUGAAUGUGUGUUUUAGAGGUCUUUAUUUCAAAUCAAAUGUCAUAUUUUGACAUUAAAUUCAUUUUUAUUCAUCUGAUCUUAUACCAUGUACAUGUAAACUUAUAUUCUGAGAUACAAUCAUCAUAUAUUUUCUUGUUUUUCUUUUUAUCCAACAUUUUGAAGAUUUUGGGGUCAUCUACUGAAUUUGAAAACCUUUUAGCUGCGAUUUUAUUUUCAUCUACAGGAAUAAAGCAAUGAAAUUUUUGUGUUCCCAAUAUUAUUUUCGCGUGAUUGAAUAGUGCCUCAAGUUCACUUGCCUUUACAUACAUUUGUUAUUUUGUUUAACUUUCCAAUCAUAAGGCUCUAGUGUUGUUUGGAUUGUGUUUACAAUAUCAUCAAUUCAUGAAGAAACAGCUCUUCUAUUAGAGGACAACGGAAAGAAGAAAUGGUUUUUCAUCAAAUGGCUGAUUUCAAUGAACGAUUUUGAAACUAAUCGAUGAAUUUGUGCCGUAUUUCGUUGAUAAAGUAGAUAAACUCAUAGAGCAUGACGUUAUUUACAAACAGCAGUCUGCUUUUUUGGGAAAUAAAAAAGAAUCUUUGACGGAAAAAUAAUAGUAAUUUAUUCAUUCAAAAUGCGGCACAGGGUCAUCACUGGAAUAACUCGCAAGCAACUAUUCACCCAUUUGAAAUAUACUACGAUAAAUAUGGUAAACUAGAAAACGUAAGCUUUAAAGUUAUUUCAGAAGUUUUAACCACGACACUGUGGCUAUGCAAUUGUUUAUAGAGAAAUUGAUAGAAUUUGUCAGAAAAAUAAUCGAUUUUACUAAAAUGACUCUCAUGUCCGCUCCAUCGACAGCACACUACAAAAACCUAAAGAAUUUCGCCAGUCUGUGUAAUCUCAAAAAAGUUUACGGACUAGAAGCAGAAUGGUAUUUUUUUUUGUCACCUCCCACAGGAAAGGACUCUGUGAUGCAAUAGGAGGGACUCUAAAACGAAUGGCAAAGAGAGCAAGUCUUGCCCAAGAUUAUGGAAACACAAUCCAAACAGCACUAGAGCUUUAUGAUUGGGCAGUAAAAAAAAAGACACAUGUAUCACGAAAUUGAAUUUCUGUUACUUAUCUAAAGAACAGCAUACAAAAAAAGCGAGUGAGCUUGAGGAACUAUUCAAUAACGCGGAAACAAUACCGGGAACACAAAAAUUUCAUUGCUUUAUUCCUGUGGAUGAAAAUAAAAUCGCAAAUUCAGUAGAUGAUCCCAAUAUCAUCAAAAUGUUUGAUAAAAAGAAAAAAAAUAUAUAUGAUGAUUGUAUCUCUUAGAAUAAAAGAUAACAUGUACAUGGUAUAAGAUCAGAUGAAUAAAAAUGAAUUUAAUGUCAAAAAAGGUAAUAAAUUUUAUUACAUUAUUACAUUGAAAUAAAGACCUCUGAAAUACUCAUUCAACAUUAUUAUUAUUAUUAUUUAUUUUUUUAAAUUUUGGGUUGACUUUCUGCACUGAAAAAAGAAAUAAACUUAAUUUCAAUAAAAUAUUGAAAAAGUUUUUGUGAGGAAAACUUUUUUGCCUUAAAUAUGCACAAGUUGCAAUGUACGAAAGAGUUGUAGGGUACAUAUUUAUCUACCAUUCAACUACCAUUUCAUCAAAAUUUGAGAUGACCAUUUUGAGAAAAUCUACUUUUAGUUUUUAAAAUCGAUUUUUUUCAGUGUAGGAUUUCAAAAAAUAUUUUUUCUGUUGUUUUUUUCUGAAAAUUCAAUUAUUUUUCUCUUCCAUAGAUUACUUUUUUGUAGGACUGACCAUUUCCGAGUAGAAAUUUUUAUAAAAAAAUAAUCAAAAAUAUUUGGCGCUUUCCAUAUGUUAGUCUAGACCAGGGGUUUUCAAAUGGUGCUCCGCGGGAAAUUUGUGCUCCGCUUAAAGUUAUAGCAAAUGCUCCCGCUUGAAAACUUACCUUGAAAAAACAUUCUUUAUUCUAACUUUACUGGGCAUAUAGUGAUUCAUCUUGUUUACUCCGGGUAAGAUGUCGUGUAACUGUGACGAGCAAUCGAAAUAGAGUUGUUCCCAGUUGGGUAACCUCAAUGCAAAUAGGAUUUGUUUCAUUGAUUAAAAAAUGCAGGUGGUCCGUCAAAUGUUUUUGCUAUAAAAAGUGCUCUGCCAUAAAAAAAGGGUGAAAACCCCUGGUCUAGUCAAAUUUUCGGAAAACUAAUUAUGCCAAGUUGCUUAAUUAGGUAAGGUCUUCACGCCCAGAAAGUUUCAUUAAGUUCUGAGAGGGUCCGUCAAUUUAAUCUUUGCGUUCUAACAGUACCCUCCUUCUUCAAGCGAAUCAAACCGAACAUUCAGCGAAAACAUAAAAAGGGGAGGGAAAGUAACAACGCUUAGUGUGCCGGGAAGUAAGAGUAGUUAAGUGAAACCAUACGUUAAAAUAGUAAAUCCUAUGUGGGAAACGAAGUCCCGCGAACGAAACAAACAAACAAUAACAACGCAUCAAUGCAAUAAAAAUUAGUCACUCGGGCGCGCGCAUUGAUUAAUACAGGAAGAACCGAUUCAGGUAGCGGUGGGGAGGAUGGCAGAGAGCGGAACGUAUAUUGCAUUUAUUUCACAUUGUUGAAUUUGAUCAACAUGAAGAACGUUGUCAUAUACACUAGAAGCAGAUUGCGUUAUCCCAUUUCUGGUGUAUGCGACAUGCGUCCUUCACUAUCCCCAACAUGUUACGCGAACCUAGAUCCCCAAACCGAACUUCACCCCAAAGCGCCUCCUUACGAAGAAGGGGAAAUACGAUCCCUGAUCGAUGCCCCAUUCCGAUUUGUUUGUUCAUAAUUUUAAUAGUGAUCAUUGAAGACAAAGUCCUAGUGAAAUGUAAUGAAAGGUAAAAAAAAAUAGAACUCGACUACCAAUUAGCUGGGGAACCCUUUCAGAAAGGUCGUGAACCCCGUCAACGAUUGACGUCGCAAAAUGUAAUAGAACAUUAAACGAAGAAAAGCCCAGUGAAUCAAAUUCGGUGACGGGCGAUUUUUUGGAUUAUUUUUUUCGUAGACAAGAUUAUUUUGAUUGUAAAACAAAAAAAAAACGCGAAUCCGACUACAAGUUGAAAUAGUAACUAAUCAGAGCCGCGCUAUGUUUUUCAAAGAGGGUAUUUAAGGUUUGUGUCAGAAAAGCGUGUCUCUAACAACAGGAAAUGUUUGAAUAAGCUUAUAUUUAUCUCCCAUAGACCUCUAACAACUGAAGAGUUGAAUAACGCAACAAAAAGGAAUCGAGUUACUCGAAACAUGGAGCACCUAUACAUAUUCCCAAAAGUGUUGGGAAUACUUGAAGUCUUGUAACCGGCGUGAGAUCCCAAAUAUUCUUUUAUGUUGUUUUCAUGUGACAAAAUUAACGUUUUCGUGCGUGCGUCGGGCGAGCUUGAGCUUGAGCUUGGGUAGACUGUACACUUCGUUAUUUCUCUUCGUGAUUGACUUAACCAGCGGAACUGCACAAAGAACAUUUGAUAGUUGAAGUUUUCCCAAAGAAAGUUUAAUGUCGACUGGCUUCCUCUGACAUAAUCGCACCUACACGGAAGUCCCAAAAACAGCGUGCUUACGAACCGUUUCAUCGUCUACAGACCUAAUAUUUUCGAUGUGUGUCCGGUAUGCUCUAGGAUUGGGCGAUCUUGGAUCGAUUUUCAGAAGAUCGUUUUUUUCCAUUUCGAUUUCAUAGUUUUUGGAUCGAUUCAAAAAAAUUGUGAAGAUCGAUCUUUUUCCUUCGAUUUUUUCGAUCUUAGAGUUUUUUUUUUUAGUGUACAUCGAUUUUAAUCUCACCUCUUCUUCGUCGUCCAAAAACGAAAUGAAGAUGCCAGAGUUGCCAAAUGUUAUAAAAUUUCGGAUUUUUUAAAUUUCUGGUUUUUAUAAAUCGAAACAUUUGGUUGGUGCGAACAAUUGGUAAACAAUUGACGCCAUUUUCAAUUUGAAGAUUUGCUUUGAGGGUCAUUCGAAUGUAAUUUGAGAUGUUAUAAAAAUUUACAUUAUUUUCGCAUGACAAAAUAUUGAUUAACUUACCGAAAAAUAAUUUGCCCAAAUUAGGUAUAUGUCGCACUCAAUGCAAAACUUCCAGUGGAAACCUUUUGUUUAUCCAAUUUCACGAUCAACGCGAAUCAAACAAUUAAUUGAAGUUCUCCUCGAUUUUAUUUGACGUUUUACAUGCCGGUCCAGUUAACAAGUGAAUGCCGAUAACUAAGUUUCGUUUCUGGUUCAGUUACCGAAUAUUUACUGUUCCAAUAUUUCGAAUAAAUGCCAGACGUUUGACACGGUUGAAUUCAACGAAAUUAUUGUCAGCGGAAUUUUGGAUGGAUAUCAGUUGUUGAAUUUCUAAUAAUUUUCAAUUAAUUUAAUUAAUUGACGGUUCAAGAUGAAUGCCCUAGAAACUACAUUUUUUUUGGGCGUUCAAGUUUUUUGUGACCUUUAUUCUGAGAAUCAAAAUAAAAUGCUUUGAUGUUCGAAUAGAAAUGUUAAAUAUUUAUUCCAUUUUUGGAGAAAAGACAACACUUAUAUAGAAAAAGUAAAUAAAUUGGAAAAAAAGCAUUCGAUUUUUCAAUCAAAUUAAAUCAGUGAAUCGAUCCCAACACCGUUUAGAAAAUCGAUCCAUCAAGAUCGAUCGUUUUCUAAAUCGAUUCCCAAUCGCCCAAUCCUAAUAUGCUCACACGAAGAACACACCUACUUGCAGGGCAGGUUUCUGAACUUAGACCACGAUCACAGAGGUAACACGAAACAACUUCCACCCCUUCGGCGGAUCCAUCUGACUCGAGAUGGUCCCAGACCCUUAACUUAACUCUUAACACUGUAGGAUUGCAGGAAACUGAUGAAUUCCGUGGAGAAAAGAGCCGUUGCCACUGACGAUGAAUCCUACAGGAUACAAUCUUGUUUCACACUUGAUUCGUGGGAAAACAAUGCAAGAACGGGUACAUCCUUGUGUGGAUUUAAAAUAAACGAAUCCUGAUAGGUAACCAAAGUAGACUUCUGGUGAACAUUCUCAGGGAAAAAACAUUGGUAAAACCCCCCGUUCCGUUGACGAUGGAAGACAGACAUUCCUCAGCCCCAUGGACAGGCAUCACAAACAUCCACUAUUUUCUAACCAAGAUCGUACGGCACAAUUAGACUAUUCGGGUACAAUCGUUCCUUGGACUCUUCGAACUUCAUGUGACACGUAUUUGACCAUCGGAGGUUUGCUCAGCUCAUACAGCUGUUAACUGUGGACAGCUAAAUAUACCGUAAGUCAGUCUCCUGUACCGUCAUAGACCGAACCGUAGUGUUGAUCUUAAAAAGUUCUUGUUGGACGCUCCUGACAUAUCCAAUACAGUGAAAUGUCAACCAGCCUGAGCUUCGACAGAUAUGUCUUUCAGAUGGAGUAAUGGGUACUGCUCUACGUCUAUCACUCUGAAGUUUGAAGUCCGUAUAGAUAUUACUGACGACAUAUUACUUUUCGACGACAACAAUUGGAGAGGCCCACUGACUGAAUUUCACUAGACGCUACAUAUUUGUUUCCACCAUUUUAACUAGCUCCAUUUUUACUUUUACUACUCGCACCUGGAGGUCUUCGUAGUCAUGACGGUUAUUAAGCGAACGACCAAAUGUUCUAAUAUGCCUUUUCAAGGCUAGAGGCGGAUGAACUGUGUUGAUUAAACCUUUUAUAGCGGAAAACAAUCAUCUAGUAACCCCAAGGGGAUAUGAUGAAUCUUUUUGAGCACUGAUUGAACUUUCAGCUUAAGCUGGAUAUGAGCCUCAAAUCCAAUGAUGCCACUCAACUCGUGGUUGGCCUCGAUCUCAACGGUAAAUUCUCUAAUGACGUCCAGAGUUUAUCUUCCGAAUGUUUUCAAUGCAUACUCCAGCGAGCACUUCUCCAACUCCGUUCCGAUGAAUACGAGUCCGCUAUUCUUUUCCCUAUUCUAUAUGACGAGAUGAGCAAUUCAGACGGGAAAAACUGGAUCCAAUGUUUAUUCAUCUAAUCAACGAUUCAUAGCGAAAACUUUUAUGCAUUUGUUUUUCUUUCUAGUUGUGCAAUUGAGUAAUAUAGUUUCCUAAAACUUAAAACAAUAAACUCUAGAACAUCCAGAUACAAUGGCUGAAAAAUAUAAAUCAGAAAAAAGUAUGAUUCAUCAAAAAUUUAGCUAUGAUUUUUUUUCUUUUUGUUCAAUAAUUGUGUAGACACUUCAAUUCUACUAAUAUAUUUACUACAUAUUUUCUGUACAUACUAUCAACUACCAUACUACCAAAUUGAUGUCACAUGCAAUACACAUCCCUACCAACGUUUUUCACUACGCGGUAUUGGUAACUUUGCGGAUAGCAACAAUACAUACUGUGUAUGUGAUAAUGUUUGCAUUAUUGAGUAAUGUAACAAUUAAAAAAAAAUUUGGAUUUUUUUAGAGUCUAAACUAUGUUAAUCAUCGAUCGAGUUUCCACUUACAGCAAUUACGGUCUCCACACGCUUCCGGAACGCACGGAAGAUCCUAGCAAUGUAGCCUAGAUCCAUUUCUCUCUAGAUGCGGGUCAAUGUUUGUCUCAGGCUUGCUGUACUCGGGUGGCGUUUAGAACAGGCCUUGACCUUCAUGACGCACCAUGUUGAGUAAUUCAGAGGAUCAAGAUCGGGACUGGAUGGCGGCCACAUAUCCUUCGCCCAGAAUGGCAGAUGUUCCUGUCACCAUUUCUGAGCAGGGCUGGUAAAUUUCGAAACUAAACGAUGAAAAUGACUUUUUUUUUUCCUUUCUCUUAUGCCAGUUUCAAUUUCGAUUGUGUGUAUUCACUACGCAUACUGAAACAUCGAUUCUUCAAUUUCGUUUUCGUUCUGCUGUCGUUUGCUUUGAAUCUGGAAGCAGUCGCUUUCCCUUUAGCAAUUGGAAGUGUCCUAUUCAUUAUCAUUUGAAUGGGUUAUAUGUAAUGUCAGGAAGAUCACUGCUUUCAAUUGAAAGUUUCAUUCAAUUUCAUUUCUCCAAACUGGAUUUUCCCGGACCGUCUUACAAAAAAAGUGGAAUUAAAAGAGGCAUAUGACGACAAUUAUGAGUGUGACAGCGUGCAGUGGAUAUUUGUGAAAUCACGUCGAAAAGACGAAUAAAAGUGAUAUUUCAGUACGAAAUUUUCACUCCUCCACGGCCAGCAUCUUACCGAAAAUGUUACUGCUUUGGAGGGCCAAGAAUGCGACUGCUCUCUGGAGCUUUUUAUCACAUAAAUUAUGGAAAUAGUCACAAUACAAUUACCAUCCGUUAAAAAAAAAACAAGCAAUUGCAAGAUUUCAUAGGCGAUUCGGGUCAAAUCAUAAUGAAAUCGUGAGUAUUUUGAACAUUGUUUUAUUUUCGUUUGUAAUUACGACACCAUAUUUGGCUUGUCAAAUCAAAUAUACUUCGCCUACUGCUCCACCUUCAUAUGUAUCUCAUUGCAUGCAAGUAAAGAAGACCAAAGCAUUGGAUGUACAGAUGAAACGGGAACCUUUUUUGUAUAAUGGUGCAAACAUUAUUACGCAUACGGGGUAUUCCGGAAUAUAUCGGAUUUCAAAUUAGCACAAUGUUGCAUUCUGUAAUACGAUAAAAUUAAAAAAAUGUUCAAAGUAUUUAAAUGACAUCAAGUAAUAAUUUUCAUUCAAAUUCUAACAAUUUAAAAGUGCAUUUGGGCGUGCUAAUCUCAUACAGAGUUAAUGGCUUCACGAAUACGGAGUAAUUAUUUUGACGUUUGUACUGCGUCAAGGCAAUGCCACUUUUGCCUUUGAACGCAUCAUUACAUCUGCAAAUGCAAAAGUUUAAAGUCAGUAAAGCAGGCCUGAAGGUUGUUUUGAACUGGUAACUCAUUGUUAACACCAAGGAAUCAUACUAAAUGCUUUAUUCAACCAUGUUAAAAUUCACACUUUUCCUAAAUGAAUUUCAAUGUCUAGUAAAUAAUAGAUAACGUUACUCGGUUUAAACAAAAGAUUUUUAACGUGGAAAGAUAAGAAGAUCUUUUUCAAGGAAAUUAAUUAAUCCACAAAGGGAUGAUAUUUGAAUGGAAAUUGUUACGUGAAGUGAAUUGAAUACACGAAACACGUAGUUUUAACCCUUACUCACCGAUAUUUCGAUGUGUUUAUUAUUUUCGCUCAUACUUGCUCAUACUCAUACUCACUACAAUCUACAAAUCAGAAAAUCUAUUAUCAUUUUCACUUCACAUUCGACGAAACACGAUGCUGAAUGCCAUCAACGCCAAAUUCAAUUGGAGAGAUAUAUUCCCAUGUUCUCACUAUCGAACAUGAACAAAAAAUAUUUCUUUCGAAUUUAGCCAUUUUCGUUCAACAUUUUCUAACUUUCUCGACGCAUCAUUAGUUUUUGGGCAGAGACGAAUACAACAAAUGAUGAUAAGUUAUACGUACGGGACUUUGUUUUAUAUAGGGUAAUGAAUUUUAGGGGAAAUUUCAGGAAAUGCGUAUGGACAAACGGUUGAGUAAGGGUCUGUACUAUGUGUUGGAAGUAACCAUGAUAUUACAUGAAGUAAAAACUUUCAUUCAAAUUUGAAAAUAUCAAACAACCUUCGGGUACGGACACUUGUGGUUCUCGAGAUGAUAUUGGGUACAUGUCUGAUGUUGAAGCGUUGAAAACCGACUACUGUAAAAAAAGGAACUCUCAAAAACAUAGUGCGCACUCGGAUUGGUACCAGCUUCCCAGCUGGGCUGGGCAACAUAAAAAUUAGGGAUUAGGGUCGCUUCGGAGUGUGGGCAGCGAUCAUCGAUCGUUUAUUCUUCUCUGUUUCUAUUUAGAACUACAAUCGGGGAAAUCUAUAUGUACAUAAGCAGCAGUUUAAUCCUAUUCUUUUUAUUUUGUUCUGUUACUCGAGACCGCGUCUAGACUAAGUUUGUUUUUAAUCAAGAGAGAGAGAGAGACAUGCACAGAAGCGGAAGAAAACAGUUAUCCGAACACGUUCUGAUUGCCGACUCUGUUCAAGGAGUGUAUAGACGAUACGAGUGCGACUUAGUGAAUCAAUUGUUUGAUUUUUGACUGGAACAUACGUGAAAACGGCAGGCAAAUGGAGAUGAUACCUAUAGCCAACAGAGGAGAAGCAACACGUGUUUACUAUAAUAUUAUUAACGGUAUAUUUAAGUAUUUAACAGAAAACAGAAAAUAGUGUAGCGAGAGAGUUGAGCUGAGAAAGUGGAAGGAAAAAAAUACAAAAUAUAUUUCAGAAUAUAAAUCGAAUCUCUUUACCGAUAAAAAAAACAUAAUAAUUCAUAUUAUUAUUAUUACAACACUAUUACACAAAAAAUACAAAUUCAAAAUUAAACUUUCGAAAAGGCGAGGAUUGUAAAACUUAAUGUAUUUAAAAUUGAUCCGUUUUUGUAUUCAUUCAAAAAUUGUAAUAUUCGCUGCUAUGCGAGACCGCAGGAAGCACAAGGGAACUAUCAAUCACGAGAGAAUGAGAAGAGCGAACCCUUAGAAAACUAAAACGCAUUUAUUGAAAUGAAGAUCAGCACUGUUAGUAAACAAACAAGCAAACAAACAAAAAAAGAUGAUGGAGCGCCGCGACUCGUAAUAUUAUGAAUAAUAAUGUUAUUAAAUAUUGUGAUUUUAUACGCAAGAAACAGAAACGAUGCAGAACUAGAAGAGGAAAAAAAGAUACAGCAAGCGUCAUCUUUGGGGAAUGAAGCGAAAGGUAGUCAUUUGCACAAAAACAGAAAUCAGCUAACGAUUAGUCAGAGGGUCAGGAAGGCCUGCAGUUUUCAAACAUUUAAGAUCUUUUGUAUAAUGAAAUGUAAUAUACCCCCCUGUUUGGUGCGCCAGAAGAAGAGAGGCCAGGAUACAUCAGAGAAUAAUCAUUAAAACUAUCAAACAAUAUCAAGUGGUUUUGCUGAAAAUGAGCAGAACCAUUGAAAGAAACAUUACAUUACGGGCUAAGCAAAUGUUCGGAAAAGAUUGAGUGGAACGCAACGUGAAUACUGCCCAUAAAUUGCCUGAAAAUCUUAUUGUCCUGAACCAGUUUUACCGAGUUAAAAAUAUAAAAAAGCAGAAGACGAUGAUGAUGAAUAAGAAUACAUAACGACAGACGAAAUGAGAGUUGUGAGUUUCCAAGUGAGGAUGAUGGUGAGAGAUACACAUAUAAGCAUACACGCGUAUUGAGUUUGUUACACCCGGAGAUAUGUCAAACUAAAUAUAAAUUCAAAAUUUACUGUAAACAACAGUGUAACCUGGACAGCAAAACUGAAUCCCAUUUAAGAAAAAGUAUGUCCCGUUGAGGAUAUAUAGGUUUUGCCAGACACGAAACCAAGAUUCCGGUAAUAACCGACACCUCCCACCCUUCCUCGAUCAACGUGUCCAAGUCAUGUUCAAUAAUACCGAUAUUGAUAGCAACUUUUGGCGGCCAUCGAAAAACGAAAAAAAAGCAAAACCGCGAAAAAGUAAAGUUUCCUCACAAUUUUUUUCCAAGAAAACUAUUGAACAAAAUAUCUUAGGGAUAAGCGAAGUUUAAUGCGGUGAAUUAUUUAUUUUCUUCCAAGAUAUACAUGUUGGGAAAAAAAUUAAACAAACAAAUGAACGAGAAAGCAAUUUAGCUUGAGGUUGAAAUUUAAUUUCUGUGAAAUUGUGUUAAUUAUUGCUUCUUGUUUUGGUCCCCGGAAACACCGCCGAGUGAAUCCGAGAAUGCCGCCAGCACACAGAAGAAGAAGUUUCUUUUUAUUUAAAAAGUCUGAAGCAUAUACAUUUGGUAUCCGAUUGUUUCUUGAAUCAAGUGAAAACGCGCCGUUAUCUAGUUCAAACGAAUCCCUAAAUUGCUAGUCAAACAUAGUUUAAACAACAAAAAAAACUCUCACAAACACACAUUCGAUGAACCCCCCUCACCCCGCCGCCCUCCUCCUCAACGCAAUGUUUGGCUCUGAGAAAAAUUUAUUUUUGGUUUGACAUGCCGUAUAUUGAUGAUGAAAAUAUAACAAGUCAUAAGAAGCUUGGACAUAUAUAAAAUCUUAAAACUAUUAACUAUAGAUAAGGAAACCAACUUUUACCUACACACACACACAUACUAUCGAACACAAACGUGGAAAGCAAAACACGAGCGAAUGUAACCCGGAUUUAGUACUACUACAUACAUACAUACUACUUAUUGAGCGCAAGAGCUGACCUAGCUGAGAUGAGUGUUGUUGCUUAAUGGUUACAAAACACAAAAAGAACAUAGAAGAAGAAGAAGAAGAAGAACAUAAACAAACAAACAAGCAAAACAAACAAGUAUUCAUUAUUUGUAACAAUUAAAAGUCAGAGCUAUGAGAAAGAAGAGAAAAUAAGCAUUACACAACACAUACAUAUACACAUACAUGCAUGCAUCCAACACUCACACACUCACACACAUACACAACAUACUGUCGCCAGAGUGAAAACGGUUGGGGAUGUAUGAUGUAGAGAGCAGAUUCGCAUGUAACAGAAUUUUACCUUUCUUUUUCUUUUCACAACGUCUUCUUCCCAUGUCACGCACACACCCGUUUUCCUCGUUUCCCCUUUCAUUUUUUCUUCGUGAGUGAUUCUUCCUUGAACUGUCGCCCCGUUGUGACGCCUCUUUCCGUUCCGUUUCGCCAUGCCCAGCCCUGCUUUAGCGGAUUCUUUGCGUGCGAUUUCUUUUAUUUUUCCUAGGGUGAUGAUUUAGGUUAUUUGUAUAUUGUGUAUAAAUGUAAGCCAACAUUGUUCCUUUUUACGAAGCAAAACAAAAAAAAAGAAUACAAAUCUUGAAAGAAAGUGAAAUUGAUUUGAAGAAGAAGAAGAAGAAGCAGAAAACACGUCUACAAAACGAUAACAGAAAAAAACUGAACUACUUGUACAUUUUAAUCGCUUUAAUUUAUUAUUAAGAGAGUAUGGAAACACAAUAAGAAUAAGUGAGAAAAAGAAAAAUAGAGAGAGAGAGAGAGAGAAAAUUCAUGGAUAAUUUUGCUAUAUUUUUAUGUUGUAGAUUUUAAGUUUUUUUUUAUUAUUUUAUCGUAACAUCAUUAUUUUGGAUUAUUUGAGAAAUGAGAAAUAUAGAUGCUUAAGAGUAUGUUUAAAAAAAAAGAAGUGUAUACCUAGAAAAGAAAUUCCUUCGCCAUGCUUUGGAAAGUGCUGCGAGUAUCAA